CACACACACACACUCGUCUCUCUACAGGACAAAGCUCAUGUGGUGAGUCAAACGCACUCACUGGGAGGAGACGAGGUUGGGACGCGGCAAUGGAGGAGGGGGAGGACGGGGAGCAGUAUCUGUUCAAGAUCGUCAUCAUCGGCGACUCGGCGGUGGGGAAGUCCAACCUCCUCUCCCGCUACGCUCGCAACGAGUUCAACCUUCACUCCAAGGCCACCAUCGGCGUGGAGUUCCAGACCCAGAGCGUGGUCAUCGACGGCAAGGAGGUGAAGGCCCAGAUCUGGGACACCGCCGGCCAGGAGCGCUUCCGGGCCGUCACCUCCGCCUACUACCGCGGCGCCGUCGGCGCGCUCGUCGUCUACGACAUCUCCCGCCGCACCACCUUCGACAGCGUCCCCCGCUGGCUCCAGGAGCUCGAAACACAUUCUGAUACAACUGUUGCAAAGAUGCUGGUUGGCAACAAAUGUGACCUGGACAACAUCAGAAAUAUAUCUGUUGAAGAAGGAAAAAGCCUUGCAGAAGCUGAAGGGCUGUUUUUUAUCGAGACCUCGGCUCUAGAUUCUACAAAUGUGAAGAAGGCAUUUGAGAUUGUCAUCAGGGAGAUAUAUAACAAUGUGAGCAGGAAGGUCCUUAACUCGGAUUCCUACAAAUCAGAGCUGUCUCUGAACAGGGUGAGCCUUACCAGCAAUGGGAGCGAUGAGACCAAGCAGACUUCCAGCAAGACCUGCUGCUGAAAUUUUUUCUGUUAGUCCAGAAAAUACAACAGUGUAUCAAGAAAUUUCUCAGUCUCCUAAUUCUGUCAGAAAGUGGUUUUUGUUUGUCAUGUUAGUGAGAGUUGUUCGAUUUUAGUUUUCUCAUAAGUCAUCAAGGAGCCAAUAUCGACAUACGUCUGAACAAGCAUGUAAUAUUCAUCGUUUAUUGUGGUUCCGGCAUUAUAGGGUUCUCAUAAUGGAGUGGUGUAGAAACUUGUUAUACAUAACACUGCUUUAAUACAUUAGAAGUUUGAAAGACAUUCA